AUGACAAGAAUUGCAGCAACGUGUAAGACCAAAUUAACGUUUUCAGUAGUAAAAAGGAACCUAUGUUGCAAACAACUACGAAAUUUCUACAAUACGGGAAUUCAUAAGGAAGCAUCAUUUCCAACAUGUGAUUAUACGCCUUCUGUUUAUAAAGGUGCCAGCUAUGAGACAAUAAUAAAAUCUAGAGAGAAUUACGUAAUACCGAGUCAGAAACCUUAUUACAAAAAGCCAUUGUUAUUACACGAAGGUCGAGGCCAAUGGGUCUGGGAUAACGAAGGACGUCGAUACCUCGAUAUGUUUGGCGGAAUAGCAACUAUAUCGGUCGGUUAUUGCCACCCAAAAGUAGUAUGUGCAAUGUCGGAGCAGUCGUAUAAGCUGGGGCAUGCGACUGCAGUGUAUCUGCAUCCACGUUACCACGAGUAUGCAGAGAAAUUGACGAGUCGUCUGCCUCCGGGCUUAAGCUGCGUAUACUUGACUAAUAGUGGCUCUGAGGCUACGGAACUUAGUAUACAGCUCGCACGGCUGUACACGGGCCGCAACGAAAUAAUCUCCCUUAAAAAUUGUUACCAUGGGGCUACUGCCGUUGCCGCUGCUACAACUGCUAUAUCUACCUAUAAGUAUCCACUUCUCCUGCCUCCUGGACAUAUUCAUGUGACUAAUCCAGAUGUGUACCAGGGCCCCUGGGGUGGCUCUAAUUGUCGGGAUAGUCCUGUGCAAGCAGGAAAUAGGAUAUGUAAUUGUGCGGAGGGCAAGUGCCAAGCGGAAGAUAAUUACUUUAAACAAUUUCAAGACACGUACGAAUCCCUUGUGCCUGCAGAUGGUCAAAUAGCGGCUUUUAUCGCCGAGAGUAUUCAGGGCGUUGGCGGUACGGUGCAGUAUCCACGUGGUUACCUAAAACGCGUGCAAAAGCAAGUACACGAGCUUGGAGGUAUUUUUAUUGCGGACGAGGUACAAACAGGUUUCGGAAGAACAGGUGGGAGUUUCUGGGGCUUCGAAGGCCACGGCCUAAAUCCUGACAUCGUUACCAUGGCCAAAGGCAUCGGCAACGGGUUUCCCCUGGGCGCAGUCGUCACUAGGCCCGAGAUUGCUCGAGCCCUCACCAAGGCCCAUUACUUCAAUACUUACGGUGGCAAUCCGAUUGGAUGUGCCGUUGGUGCUGCCGUCCUUGACAUAAUUGAAGAAGAAAGUCUUCAAGAAAAUGCUUUGAAUGUUGGAACUCACAUAUUGUACAAUUUGGCUACUUUGAUCAAAGAAUUUCCAUCAAUUAUGGGUGAUGUCCGGGGAAAAGGGUUAAUGAUCGGUAUUGAACUUGUAAAUGAUUCAACAACGAGAGAGCCCUUACCACAUGAUGAAAUGGCUCAAAUUUUCGAAGAUAUCAAAGAUAUGGGAGUUUUAUUUGGAAAAGGUGGAGUUAAGGGAAAUGUAUUGAGACUUAAACCACCACUUUGCGUUACAAAAGAAGAUGGAGAUUAUGCUGUUGAAGUUUUAAGAUCUGCGUUAAAAAAACAUCAAACAAAUAUAAAAUGUUGAGCAAAAGGAUAAAAUAAUCUAUACAAAUCUACAUAAAAACAUCCUGUUAAAAUGAAUGUACGUUGGUAUAUAGAAGCAUAAUAUGUAUA